AAUUAUUCGUCUAACAGUUCCACUCCAGACAAGUCACUGUUUUCACCGAGUUCAGUUGUAUCAUUAUCACUGGAGUCACUGUCACUGCUGUCUUCAGAACGUUGGAUGAUAAUUCUUUCUGUAGCAUUCUCUCUAAUUCCCUCUUUUUCAAUAUAUUCCUUUUCGUUCUUUUCGGUGUGGUCGCAAACUUUUUCCCAGUUCUCUAUUCCAAAUUCACUGAACCAUUUUUCACACUUCUUUGCCACGUGAUCCAAAUGAAAUGAGACAUUUUCUGCCCCUACUGACUGCUUAACAUCAGCCCAAACGAGUUCAAUCAGAUUCAAGUCUGGAUGAUAAGGUGGAAGUCGUAAUACUGUGUGUCCAUAUGGCGCCAUUAUGUUGUCCAUUACAAAGUUUUUGUGGAGGGGUUUAUGUGCCUUUAUCAGGUCACAGUGCUGAAUUUUGGGCAUUCUGUCAUGAAAUGGCACAUUGUUCACUGUAAGCCACUGCAUCAUCUUGCCCUUCGUGGUCUGGCUGGUUGGUGCCUUAUUAAACUGCACGUUGUGAUAUGGGGCAUUAUCUACAACAAGAACUAAUUUGGGAGGCAAAUUCGGAAUAAGUUUUCUGUUAACCACUUCUGAUAAUCUGUCAUGUUCAUUUUGCUAUGAUAGUCCCCAGUCUUGAGAUGAGAUUUAAAUAUCAACAAUGCCCUGGGAAUGAAGCCGGUUUUGCCUCCCACGUGCACAAUAAUCAGCCUUUGGCCCUUCAAUACGGGUGCCAUGUACCCUCAUGGAGUAUCAUGCGUCCAGUUUUUAGGUCUGGUGUGACUGCUGUGAAUGAAGGUCUCAGCCUCAUAAAUUAUGGUCCAACCUUCCUUCCUGUACUUCUUUAUUACACGCAAAUAUGCUACUCUCUUCGACCUAAUGUCAUCCAUCUCAAUCAAGGUGCCUGUUAUUUCGCGUUUUUUUCCAUUUAAAACCCAUCUUCCAUAAAAUCAAUUUCAGGCUGCUACUACCGCCCUUGAAAUUUAUGGUUUCCCUGAGUUUUAGAAGUAGUUUCUGCACAGUAGGCACAGUUUCUUCUUCGGUGUAGAAAUCAUACACAGUCCGUCGAAUCACAGAGAUAUUGAAAUCAUCUAGAUUUGUUAUCCGUUUAGAUACAGAAUGAUGUUUACCGGGAGUUCCGAACAUAGCACCUUCUUUUUCACAUCAAGAACCUUCAUUCAGAAUUCUCCGUAAACUUCUUUCUGAAACUCCAGUUGACCUUACUACUCUCUCUUGUACCUUUCUUAAUGGCAUCAAUACAUGACCUGCAGCCGCUUCACUUUUCAUAAAUGAAUGGAUGUUAUUUACAAAUUCUCGGGUCUGGCUGUGCAAUGUUUUGUUACCAAGUUUUGACUUAAUAGGUGUCAUUUGUUUUCUUUUUAAAUGUGUUACUGCCCUAAAAGAAAUAUAUCAAUUAAAAACAAGCAACUGGCACGUGGGAAAACAACAGAGUGUCUACUAAUAACAGCGAUCCUAUGAGCUCAACGUCUGCCUUCUUACUGAGGCAACAUAGUGUCGCUGUGCAUGCUCACCAAUCUUAGGCUUGCCAACUUGCAUCAGAGAUCCACUGGUCAAAAUUGGCCGUCCCACCUAUAACCCUACCUACACAAAACCAUAUUAUACAGCAGACACUUUUGAUUCCAUACACGACUCUUUAAUACUAAGUAUUGAACAAACUUAUCAGAAUUUCAAGUCAAAACUAGUCUAAUCUGUGCUUGGGUGUGCUGAUGGGCACACUACAUAACUGUUGAAAAGGAUUAACAAAAUUGUGUGAUAUCUAAAUCAACGUAUAUAGUUGGGUGUGUUCAGGAAGUCAGCUUCCUUUAUUCCCUACCCAAGCCAAGGGCAUGCUCUGUUAUCUGUUAAAUUUGAUAGGAUGUUGAAACAAAUGCAAAAAAGACCUAUAACAUGUCUCAAGGUGAAGUUUAGCUUUAUCAGUAUUAACACAGACCUCCUAACACACUUAUACUGGAGCAUGACAGAGCAACUGUUUUGUGUGCAAUAUGUUACUGAGUUAUACAUUACACUUACAGUUUGUUGUGCUUUUUAUAACGAUAUUAGUUUGUACCUGCAGUUCAUCUAUUGAAAAAAUAUGUAGAAAGGAAAUGGAUAAUAACAUGAGAUUCAAUAUCACAUGUACAUGCAAUAACAACAUUAAGGAUUUUGAGGUAUAUGGAGAAUUCUUUUACUUUGAAGAUGCCAGAUAUGUUACGAUCCGCAACUGCAAAGAGGUUACUCUUCAAACCACGGAUAUUAAUUCCUCAGAACUGGAAGAACUACACUUACAUCACAUACACACCGUUGUUUUCAACAUCUUCCUGCCUUCAAGUACUGACUCAUUAAAAAUUGAAAAUGUUAGCAAUCUUACAGGGCUGCACAACCACAGUUUAUUACAUGUGCAACAUCUACGUAACUUGGUGAUCAAGAAUACAAAUGUUCAGCUAAUUGACAGCCAUACAUUUUCAGAUAUAUCUGUGGAAAACAUCUAUUUCAUUAAUACGACCUUUAAAUAUCUUAAUACAGGCUCAUUGAAUUUCACUGGUAUGAAAGACAGUCUUAACAAUUCAGUGUUUCACAUUGAAAGAUGUACCUUUGAAAAAUUGGAUCUGAAUGCUAUUUCAGUAAAAAGGAUUGGUACCUUUCGGAUCCUAGAAUCAGAUUUCAAAGGGAUCCUUAAAGAAAACUCCUUUAAAAUAUCAAGCUCAACAACCUUCUUCAGAUCUAACACCUUCACUUGCAGUGAGAGAAAAGAUACUUGUAAUGAUAUACAAUUUGAUAUAUUAGAAAAUUUUUAUGGAUUUACUCAGCAUAAUUCUCAGGAGCUGUGCAAAUUUCUUCAGACAAACUACUGCAGAUCUCAUAAGACAAAGGCUAUGAUAAAUUCCUUACAGAGCUGUUAUCCCAAACUCCUUAAAUAUGGAGUCAACAAAUCAUGCAUGCCUCUUGAACCAGACAAAGGUUAUAACAUUUAUCUUAAUAUCAGCCUUAUGUUGGUUUGUAAGCUUGUUCUAAAAAUAAUGGUCUUUUGAACCAUAAUGUAGAUACAUAAAAAUUCUGCAAAAUUACUUCUCACUGAAUUUGAGGUUCUUACAGCAGUGACUAUGAAGAGCAUUCUCUCCUGGGCUGUGACACCAUGUAGUCCAAUAGAAGUCAACUGCCGUUUAGGAGGAUCAUACCACCUCCAUUUUUACAGUGGCAAAGAGUAAUCCAAGCAAGUAAGGUUACUUCUUUGGCUUACUUGUCCACCAUGAAGAUAGGAGAAGGUUAAAGUAAAGAAAAGGUAAAGCUAUCCCUUUAACAGGCUGUGAAGGCCCAUAGGGUUGUGAGACAUCGAGGCUUCCAAAUUUUCUAGACAGUUGGCUCAUAGAUGACAGUGUGGUCAUCAGCCUUACAUGCAGGCUGCCUUUUACCCCCAGAAAGAUUCCUGGUAGUCAUUUCUGAUAGAGGCUGAGUCAACCCCAGGGCCAUAGUGCGGUUGGAAGGAUUAGCUGAAGAUACUGGUGAACUUCCAUUAGCCUACAUAGUGUCACAUCCCAGAAUACAGUAUUCUUCUCACUUCUCAUUCUUUUCUCAAAAUUUUUCAUAGGAAUGUAAUUGGAAAAUAGAUAUGAAAUCUCUUUAAUCUCUGUAGAAUAAAAUUACCCAGUGAUGAAAGAGAUGGAAUGAAGAAAGACUUCUUGAAAGAAGUAAAUAUCUUUGUAAAAUUUGAUGAUUUCACAGUGAAUAAAUGCACUAAAAUCUCCCCAGGCAAUCAGCUGUAUUAAAGUUGAGUUACAAAUCAGAGUUUCUAAGACCUGCUCUGUCUCCAUCAUGGAGAUUGACGUGGGGGCUAUGUUUGGCAACAGGAGAGCAAAGGCAGUUUUAGUAUUUAGUAAUAUGUAUGCCUGCUUUGGAUCUAAAAUGGGCUGACACAUCAGCCACAAAUGCUAAUUUUCCAUAUAUUAAUAAUAUGAAGGUGAUUCAGAAAGUUUCCAUGCUUCCUUCCCCACCAAAUUGUAUUUAAUAUGGAAUGUUACAAGUGGGUCACUUUUCUACAUAGUCUUCUUGUGUCUGAGUGCAUUUUGUAUGACAGUCCACAAGCUUUCUGAUGCCAUCAGAAAAGAACUGUUUGGGCCAAGUGUGAAGCCAGUCCUUCCUAUGCCUCAUCAUCAUCUGCAAAUCUGUGACCUCCAAACCCCCUCUUUAAAGGUCCAAGGAGAUGGAAAUCCAAAGAUGCAGGGUCGGAACUGUAGGCUGGAUGGUUGAGAACUUCAAAUUUCAGCUCCUGAAAGGUUUUCCUGGUAUGAACGGUAGUACGAAGUAAAGCACUGUUGUGUGCAAGAUGAGAACAUCUUCCAGUAACCUUCUUCAUUUUGUGCAAAUGGCUGGCCUUGGUUCACAGUGUCAGAGUACCUUGCGCUUGCUACUGUGGGUGGGUGUCCCAAGCAUUCUGAAGCAGUUACGCUUGUUCCGCCUUUCAUAAACAUGUCUAUCCAUGUGUACACACCCCAUCAAUGUAGUGCAUUGUCCCUGUGUUGAGCACAUACAUGUAUGUGAAUUUCAGCCCUUUCAACACAUUCUUCCCAUAAAAAUAAACCAUAUCCCUCUGGUCUCCUUUCAUGCAAAAUGAAAAGUGGUGCAGCCAUCUUCCCUGCUUCUCCACAGCUUACUCACUGCAUCCAAGGCCAUGCCAAGCAGUGUAAUGACAUGUCAUCUCACAAGGUCAGUGCUGCCAAUUGUCAUCAGGCCAUCUUGUAUAUUCUCAGACAGGAGCAGAAGUGAGGAUAGUUUUUGAAUCCCCCAUGUAUAAAAUGGAUCCUAGAUAAACUGGUUGGAAGAUGUGGACAGGGCCCUAUGGUGGACUUCUAUCAACAUGGUGAAUCUUUGAGUUCAUUAAAGUAAGAUGUUUUGAGAGGCUGUUGAGGAAUGUUAUGUUUCCUUUCUGCUUUGGGUUAUUUACUAAACUGAAGUUAACUGAAUAUGGGAAAAUAAUACACUCUUUAUGUUGGAUUUUGGCUGUGGACCAGAAAAUGUAUUCAUUAAAUUAGGAUUUCACUAUAGCCAUAGUUCUACUGAUAUUACACCCAAACCGGCACAAUAACAAACCAUAAUCUUUAGCAGUGACAUAAUAUGUUCAUGUUUACAUUUAUUCUCUUUAUUGACAAAACACAUUUCAUUUACCAAAACACUCUAGUACUGCUUCUUGGAAUGACCCGAUAUAAAAAAUUAUUGAUUUCAAAUAUAAAGCCAUCACUGAUAUAAUUCAAGAAUUAUAUUAAAAAUAUCUUUAAGUAUUUCUGGAAUAAUCAGAGUGUGUACAUGGAUCCCUUGGGUGGGACCCAUACUCCAGUGAAUUGUUAAUACUAAAAAAUAAAAAAUAAAGAGGUAAAGAUGUGCCUGUGCUUAACUAAUUAAGCACUAUGCCAUGGAGAU